UCUCGCCUCUCUAGUUGAAUUCAAAUUUUUGAUCGAAUUCAAACUAUGUUUCAAACCAGUUUUAAAACAAAGAGGAAAAGAAUUUAAAAGAAAACCCCUAACCCUCUAAACCUGGGCCUUUCUCUGGCCUCUUCUCCUUCCCUCCUCGGUGGCCUUUAUCCCUUCUCCAUCUGGCCCAACUUCCUCUGGCCCGUACCCCUUCAGGAGCCCGGCUCCUUCUCCCUCUUCUUUUAUCGUCGUCUUCUCCCCAAACCAGAGAGAGCACGCACGAGGCGUGACCCUCCCGUGGCUCACGUCACCCACCACCGCACCACAGUACCUGCUCCCUUCCCCUUCUUAAAUCCCCCUGGAAACCCUAGCCCUUCUCCCACCCUCGCGCCGCCAUCUUCCUCCUCUUCUUCCCAUCUUACUCCUCUCUCUGUGAACAAAACGAAGGGAAAAAAACCCCACAGUACCUCCUCCACCCACCAUGGCGCCGCCGCUGCAGGUCGCCCCUCGCCAAGCUAAAGCCACCGAAAGAAGCGGCUCGUCUUCCUCUCCAUCCUCCCCAAAGGAAUCGACCGGGGGCUCGCUACUUCACCGGCAAAUUCGCCGUUUCUUCUUCAACUCCGGCGACCGAAUUCUUCGAUUCCGGCCGCCCUCGUCCCCCUCCGACCAUACCAAGCCCGCCUUCAUCUUCCUGGUACCCGACGCCGACGCCGCUCCGGUGCCUCCCCGGCUCCAAGUCCUUCAUGGCUGGAGUCCCCAUGCUCUUCCGCAUCGAACGUGCCCGCUCUCGACGCCCCUCGUUUCCUACUUCGUGAGAUCGACAUCAGACCAGGACCUCACGCCAUGGCCGCCAUGGACAUGUUCCAACCUGUCUGUUUCCUCUACAGCAUACGCAGGCCUGAACCCCUUCGGGACCGUGUCGUUUCGCACUACACGCACCAACCAGCACGUGCAGUUGGUUAUCUGCUUGUUCCUACACUAUGCGACCAAGGAUCAAUUCACAGCCUGGGCGAAUAAACACAUCUUUUUGCAAUAAAUCCCCUCUGCCUCAGUCGCACCUAAUGGACCUCAGCCCAAUAGGCCGCCAGUCCGAUCUCGCCCAGCACAGCAUGUAGCAACCCCCUUUCGGCCCAGAUCCCAUCUCCAGUUCUUAUUCUAUAUAGUCAAAUACAAAUCUGUUUCUACUUUGUCAAUGCAAAUUCAAAUGCAAAUAUUUCAUAUAUGAAUUUUGAUCAGAAAAAUGUAAGGAACAUGAAUAUGCCAUCCAUUCAUCUGGUUGCACCUCGCAUCAUGUCGCGCGUUGAUAGUCGUGCAUGUUCACCUAACAUAUAUGCGGAGUAUUUCGGAUACCGACUAUGGUUUCCCCGCUCCGUUUAACUUUGAAGUAGC